AUGAAGACAUUGAUCUUGAGAGAACUAGGGCGAAGAAUUCAGGGAAAGCUGAUGGAAUUCAUCAAAACAUUAGGCCAAAAGGUGAAGAAUGAAAGUGAACCAGAAAUUGAUUUGCUGAAAGCUGUUAGAACAGCACUGAACCCAGAUGAGAAAGCUGUUAGAACAGUCGGAAUGAAGAUAAAGACAGUCAAAGAUGAAGACACAAAGAUUUUGCAAUAUGAAAUCUUGCAGGCCAGCAUGAGUUGUACUCUCUUCACGAUCUUAUGUUCUGGGCACGGUAGUUUAUCAUUCUUCCCGAUCAUAUCAAGCAAACUCGCCAACAAAGAACCAAAAACCUCGGAAGAAGUAGAUGAAGAUCAAAGAAGAAGGGCACUUAGAAGAGAAGUACAAGAACAGAUCAGGAGAUAACCAACAGGAACUUGGAGCAGUGCAACAAUGGUUAACAGAUUUCUUGAGGGAGCAAAGAUGCUCAACUGGUAAAGGAUAUUGCAGAGAAGGUUGGAUUAAAGGAUAACACAUUAUCAUUGAUACCCAAAUUAAUAUUUAUUAUAAGUGUACAUGCAUCACUGUUCAACUAUAAGGUUUCCAAAUCCUGGCUUGAAGCAGUAACUUUCAUUGUCAAAAGGCAAAAGCUUGUAUGAAUAAAGUCUCUGUUGAUGUUGAA